AUGGGUAAUGCGAAAGAGCUUUUUAGUCAGAUGCCGGAGAAAGACUCUGCAUCCUUUAAUGUAAUGAUUGACGGUUAUGUGAAGUCGGGAGACAUGGGGUCGGCUCAGAGUUUGUUUGACUCGUCGGGAGACAUGGGGUCGGCUCAGAGUUUGUUUGACUCGGUGCCGGAGAGGAAUGUGGUGUCUUGGACUAGUAUGAUUGAUGGAUAUUGCAAUAAUGGAGAUGUUGAUUCAGCUAGGUUGUUAUUUGAUGUUAUGCCUGAAAGGAAUUUGUUUACAUGGAAUGCGAUGAUUGGUGGGUGUUGCCAAAAUAAUCAACCCCAUGAGGCAUUGAAAUUGUUUCACGAGUUGCAAAUGGGAACGUCGUUUGAACCUGAUAAUGUGAGUAUUGUUUCUGUUCUUCCGGCUAUUGCUGAUCUGGGUGCUUUGGAUUUGGGUGAUUGGAUUCACCAAUUUGUCAGGAGGAAAAAGCUGAAUAGAUUGACUAAAGUUUGCACAGCUCUGGUUGAUAUGUAUGCUAAAUGCGGCGAAAUUACAAAAGCAAGAAGAAUUUUUGAUGAAAUGUCUGAAAAAGAAACAGCUACUUGGAAUGCGUUGAUAAAUGGGUUGGCAGUCAAUGGGCGUGCCAAGGAAGGAUUGGAAGUAUUUUUGGAGAUGAAAGAUAAAGGAUUUAAGCCAGAUGAGAUAACUAUGCUCGGCAUUUUGUCUGCUUGUAACCAUGGUGGUUUAGUGGAGGAAGGGAAGAGAUGGUUUCGGUCAAUGGUAGAAUAUGGACUCACCCCAAGAAUUGAGCACUAUGGUUGUAUGGUAGAUCUUUUGGGUAGAGCAGGGCGUUUGGAAGAAGCUGAAAAGUUGAUUGAGAGCAUGCCUUUUGAGGCUAAUGGGAUAAUAUUGAGUUCUUUUUUAUUUGCAUGUGGCUAUGCUAAGGAUGUUACAAGGGCCGAGAGAGUCACAAACAAGGCAAUUAAAAUGGAGCCGUGGAAUGAUGGCAACUAUAUCAUGUUGAGGAAUUUGUAUGCCACCGAGAGAAGAUGGAGAGAUGUCGAGGAAAUUAAAGGAUUAAUGAGGAGGAAGGGGGCAAAGAAAGAGGCUGGUUGUAGUGUUAUUGAGGUAGAUAGUAGGAUCUGGGAGUUUGUAGCUGGGGAUAAGGUGCACCCACAGUGGGAGGGUGACCAUGAAACCGAGUCUCAGAUAGGACCGAUGAAGUGA